ACGUCUGGAUUCAGGAACCAUCUACACAAACCGAUUCUUUUUUUCUGACCCAGUCAUCAAACCUGUGAUGUUGUAACUUAAAAGAAAUGUCAACAUGGGCUCUCAACGGAAACACACCGGUACACAGGGAGCGUGGGGAAGACUGCCUUUGUGCUUUUUGGCUAGUCUGUCAGUUUGUUUGUGCUUCUGCAGAGCACAAGACAGUUCGAUGGAGAACAUCGUGACUGAGAAAAAGGCUGAAGAAAGCCACCGACAGGACAGCGCCGACCUGCUGAUCUUCAUCCUGCUCCUCACCCUCACCAUCCUCACAAUAUGGCUAUUCAAACACCGCCGAUUCAGGUUUCUACACGAGACAGGGUUGGCUAUGAUCUAUGGAUUGCUGGUUGGGGUUGUGCUGCGUUACGGGAUCCAUGUGCCUCGAGACAUUAACAAUGUUACUCUGAGUUGCCAUAUCAAUGCCAGUCCAGCCACGUUACUGGUCAACGUAAGUGGCAAGUUCUACGAGUACACACUAAAGGGCGAGAUCAACGCCAACGAAGUCAAGGAUGUUCAGGACAAUGAGAUGCUUCGCAAGGUGACCUUUGACCCAGAAGUAUUUUUCAACAUUCUUCUGCCACCUAUCAUAUUUCAUGCGGGAUACAGCUUAAAGCGAAGACAUUUUUUUAGGAACAUGGGCUCCAUUUUGGCAUAUGCCUUUGUUGGAACAGUGUUGUCCUGCUUCAUCAUUGGCUUACUGAUGUAUGGCUGUGUGACGCUAAUGAAGUAUGCAGGCCAGUUGGGAGGUGACUUUUUCUUCACUGACUGCCUCUUCUUUGGUGCCAUCGUAUCAGCCACUGAUCCAGUGACCGUCCUGGCCAUCUUCAACGAGUUACAGGUGGAUGUCGAUCUCUACGCUCUAUUGUUUGGAGAGAGUGUGUUAAACGAUGCUGUUGCUUUGGUCCUUUCCUCGUCCAUCGUUGCAUAUCAGCCAGAGGGAGACAACAGUCAUACAUUUGAAGCCAUGGCCAUGCUAAAAUCAUUUGGUGUUUUUCUGGGAGUCUUCAGUGGUUCUUUUGCUCUUGGAGUAGCUACCGGUGUAAUGACUGCCUUGGUUACUAAAUUCACCAAGUUGAGGGAUUUUCAGCUUCUAGAAACAGCCCUCUUCUUCCUCAUGUCCUGGAGCACAUUCCUGUUGGCUGAGGCUUGUGGUUUUACAGGUGUGGUAGCAGUUCUUUUCUGUGGAAUCACACAGGCUCAUUACACCUAUAACAACCUCUCCCCUGAGUCACAGGAUCGAACCAAGCAAUUAUUUGAGCUGCUGAACUUCCUAGCUGAGAACUUCAUCUUUUCCUACAUGGGCCUGACUCUGUUCACCUUCCAGAACCACGUCUUCAACCCUAUUUUUAUCAUCGGCGCAUUUCUGGCCAUUUUCCUGGGCCGUGCAGCUAAUAUUUACCCACUCUCCUUCCUGCUCAACUUGGGCCGCAGGAACAAGAUAAGCUCCAACUUUCAGCACAUGAUGAUGUUUGCAGGUCUCCGAGGGGCCAUGACCUUCGCCCUGUCUAUCAGAGACACAGCCACAUAUGCACGACAGAUGAUGUUCUCCACCACACUGCUGGUGGUCUUCUUCACCGUGUGGAUAUGUGGAGGUGGCACCACACAAAUGUUGUCUUUCCAACGAAUCCGUGUUGGAGUCGACUCGGACCAGGACAAUUCGAUUGGCCCUGAUGGAUUAGAGAGGAGGAGCACCAAGCAUGAGAGUGCCUGGUUAUUUAGGGUUUGGUACAACUUUGACCACAACUAUCUGAAGCCCAUUCUGACUCACAGCGGGCCGCCACUCACAGCCACUCUGCCAGCCUGCUGCGGCCCACUGGCCCGAUGCCUCACCAGCCCACAGGCGUGCGAGAAUGAAGGUCAACUGAAAGACGACGACUCGGACCUUAUCCUGAAUGACAGUGACAUCAGCCUGACCUAUGGUGAUGUCACAGUUAGCACAGAUGCGUCAGGCACACGCACCAUCAGCAUCCCUGCCGGUGCAGCUGGUGUCCACUCUGAUGAUGCUCUGGACCAAGAGCUGACCUUUGGUGACCAUGAGCUGGUGAUCAGGGGCACGCGUCUUGUGCUGCCCAUGGACGAUUCAGAGCCGCCUCUCCGCCACCGUGAGAUUUGAGCUGGAUGGAAAAAAAAUCCUGAAGGAAAUUCAAAGGCUUUCCUGUCUCUCUCUCUCCAUCACCACAGUGUGGUGCAAUCUCUCUCUCUCUCUCUCUCUCUCUCUCUCACCCUCUCUCUCUUUUUCCCCACUAUCCUCUCUCUGAAGUGGCUGGUUUGAUGUCUCUACCUCAUUUGUCACUUUCUUUCAGCUCCUCCAAACAUGACUUGUGAAAACAUGUCAGUUUUGCUAUCCAUUUUCUGCAUUUAUUUUCCCACAGCUUGGAUGUUAAAAAAAAAAAUGAUGGCAUCUUCAGGCAUUGUGGCAUUGUCUGUCUCAGAGGUUAGCGUGAGUGAGAACUGAUAGAGCACUGAUAGUGCUUUCUUGUCUGCAUAGUAAGGUGUAAAAUAGCUGUGCAUGCUAAUUUUGUGCUAUCUGUUGGUGUGCGAGGCCUGGUUCAAAGGGUUUUCGAGCUUGGGUAGUGGCAAAACUGCUGGGUAAAGAGUCAGACGUUUAAACUAUUUCUUUAUCUGAGGAUCAGAACAGACAGUGGUAUGGUGACCUGAUGGCUCAGUGUUUAUUUGGUUGCAAUCAAGUGCCUGGUGAAUGUCAUUUUUACUUCUCCUUGGAGCAAAACAACACUGCCAUCCACUAGAUGGAGGCCUUGUAUCUUAAAACUGAACUCCUCUGUGUGAUGUAUGCUUCAAAUUGGCAACAAGAGGGACUUGCUGUAGAUUUGAUUGGCUACAGAGGGAUGGCUGUGCAAUCAGAAGGCCCAGAACCUACAUAACUGACCUUUGACUGUGACUCUGGUGGAUUUUACACCUUGUUAUACGUGUUCAUGUUAGUCACAGUAAGCUGUUCUUUUGGUGAGAGUCGUGGAAACAAAAUCUAAGGCAUUUUUUUUUUCCUGAUUUGUUUGCAUUUUGUAAAAAGUCACAAAACAUCAUUUUUAAUUUCACCAUGCAGCUAUAAACCACUGAAAUGACUUAGUGUCAUGUUUAAGAGUGAAUGAAUAAUGAAUCACAGGUAUUACUAAUAUAAACCAAACUAGAGAAUUGUUUUUUUGUUAUUUUUUUUUUAAAGAGUAUUCUUGUUAGUGUGUACUAGUGCACAGCUGCAAGGACUAAAGUUCACAGCAAUGUGGUUAAUUUCUUUAUAGACCUUUUAAUGUACUAACCUUGCAUGACGUGAUGUGUGCUGUGCAGAGAUGCAUUGUUAUGUAUUCUCCCCUUUUUGCGGCAUUAUGGUGGCAUAAUGUCACUGCAGCGCACGAGAUUUUUUUUUUUCUGAAUAUAAAGAGGAGAUGGGAGUGAUCAUUUUAAGCAUGUUAUAAAAGGGCUGAAUGAACAGAUAUUAACUGUUAACAUUUGUUCUUUUUUUUUUUGUAGGGGAAAAAAUUGGGGAAAUUGAUCAUUUCCUGUUUGAGUUUAAUGUUAGGGUGUGGUGCAGUGAUGAGAUGAACAAAGAUGAACAGCAUUGAUAGGUGUGAGCACAACUGUACAUCUGUUACAGUUAUUGGAUACAUUUAUCUGAAUAUAUAUAUAUAUAUAUAUAUAUCAUAUAUAUUAUAUAUAUAUAUAUAGUGAACUAUGAGAAAUAAAAUAGUUUGAAUGAUUUUUAAAUACACUGUCUAUUAAAAAGAAUAUAAAAUUAGAUAAAAAGGUGCAAACAACCCAUUAAGAGAUUUGUGUUGCAUUCUCGUCUUUUAAAGUGUGUGUGUGCCUGUGUGUGUGUGUCUGUGUGUGUGUGUGUCUGUGUGUGUGUGUGCCUGUGUGUGUGUGUGCCUGUGUGUGUGCCUGUGUGUGUGCCUGUGUGUGUGCCUGUGUGUGUGUGUGUGCGCAUGUGCCUGUGUGUGUGUGUGUGUGCGCGCCUGUGCCUGUGUGUGUUUCAUAAAACACAUUGACUUUGUGGAAGGAUGGCUAUUGCCUUGAAUGGAAGGUGCUGGCACCCACAAUAUAAUGGGUCUUCUGAAUGAAAUAGCAAAAAUAAACACUGUCUGUGUUACACUGUUGCUGUGGAUAAAGGCCCAUGAUGGACAAGGCAAGAGAGAAGGAGAUGCAGAAAGAGGGAAUAAGUAUUGGCCAUUGAAAAGAAUAGUGAACAAGGCUUUUGACAUAGCAUUAUCUCCUGCUGUGCAGGACAUUUUCCUCAGAGGGCAAUGUAGCAUUCUUUUAGGCCUGGUUCUAGAUAACAUGGCACACGUAAGGCAUUUAUAUUUGGAUGGCCACAAGAUGAAGGAAUUUUUUGCACUUUUUCUUGCCUUGUUUUCUUUUUUUUUUGUUGUUGUUGUUACAUCUUCAUAUAUCUAUUCUAUUUAUUUAAUCAUCUUAUGGUAGAUGAUUAUAAGGUGAAAGUGAUGAAUAGACCUGCUGUUAGAUUGAGAUCAUCUUUGCUUAUUUAUGUGAAGGAUGACUUUAUUAGACAAGCAUAUCUCAGUAUGUUAAUGUCAGUACCAGCCACAUACAUAUGCGCAAGAAUAUUUCCAUAAUUGCACUCUGUGUCUCUACUUCUGUACUAUUCUGAUCGGCCAGGCAUCUGUAAGGGAAAAAGAGCUCUAAAUGAUAGACUUAAGAACUGCAAGAUUAUUUUAUUGUCUGUUGUUUCUGAAAUGUGCUGCAACUUGCCUAAGAA